AAUCAAAACAAAAAAUUCAAAAAAAUCAUAUAUGAACAUGAGAACAUCCACGCCGUUACACAACAAACCGCCUCACACUUAAAUUAAAUUCGUAACCAAAUAUUCAAAUUUCGAGUACUUUACUCAUUCCAUUGCCACCACACCACCACUCGCAUAAUUCCUUCAUUAACCCUUCAAACUCCAUCAAAAUCACCCCAUAAUCAGCUAAUUACCCAUAUUUUCUGGCAAAUUUCAUAAUCCCAUUUCCGAAAUCACUCGUGAUCGCACCUCUGAAUCCAGCCCAUCUGUAAAAAUCGAAUCUUUUUUUGUUUGUUUUACCGCCCUUCCAUCCCCUCAAAAUCCCAAAUACAGAAAACAUCCAAACCAAUUUAACUCGCCAGUAACGUGCAGAUGAUAUUUCUGUUGUAAAUCGUAGCUGUUUUUUUUUUUUUUGGUUGUAUUAUUUUCCUAGAAUAAUCAUUUAAAUUUUCGUCGUAGGACCACCGGAUGUUUGGUCUUUUGGUUCCCCCAACUAGCAAAUUUGCUUCUGAUUCUCUCAUUCAGGCACCCGUGAUUAUUAUAUUUGCAGAUAUACACUCAUAUAUAGUUACACACAGUGCCCAAUUUUCAUCAAUUUUAAAGCUCAGGAUGUCUCAUAAGCGGCAUGGACGGGAAGAAGGCGGUUCCAUCGAUGAGAAGCGUUUGAGGAAAUCUCAUUCUUUUAGAAGUGUAGUGCUGGAAGUGAUCAACUUGAUCCGAAUGCAAAACCUCAUGAACCCGCUUCUGGAGCCUCUGAUUCGUCGAGUUGUCAAGGAGGAAGUGGACUCGGCGUUGAGAAAAUAUAUAGUUAGUGUUAAACGGAAUUCCGGGAAAGACUCGUGCUCUUCUGAUUCAAAGAGUUUACAGUUACAGCUGCAGUUGAAAUUUUUAAAUGCUAUAUCUCUUCCUGUUUUCACUGGGACACGUAUCGAGGGAGAUGGUGGCACCAGUGUGGAAGUGGCUUUAGUUGAUGUGCAUACCGGUGAAGUUGUUUCUAAUGGUGCUUGGUCCUCUGCAAAGGUGGAAAUAGUAGUCCUCGAAGGAGAUUUUGAUGGUGACGAGGGAGAUAAUUGGAGCGUCGAAGAGUUUGCAAACAAUGUAGUGAGAGAGCGCGAAGGCAAGAAGCCUCUUUUAACGGGAGAUGUGAUCUUGACCCUUAACAAUGGCACGGGAUCAGUAGGUGAUAUUUCGUUUACGGAUAAUUCAAGCUGGACAAGAAGUCGUAAGUUCAGACUGGGGGCGAGAUUGCUAGAUGACGUUGGCGGUCUCAGAAUACGAGAGGCCAGAUCGGAUCCCUUUGUCGUCAGGGAUCAUCGUGGAGAAUUAUACAAGAAGCACCAUCCGCCGUCUCUGACUGAUGAAGUUUGGCGGCUGGAGAAAAUCGGAAAAGAUGGAGCUUUUCACAAGCGCCUGAGCAAGGAAGGAAUCCGGACCGUGCACGACUUCCUGCUCUUGCUCUCGUUAGACCCCACAAGGCUUCGAAACAUCCUCGGCAAUGGUAUGUCCGCUAAGAAAUGGGAAGUCACGAUGGAGCAUGCUCGGACAUGUGUACUCGACAAAAAGCUCUACUUGUACAACACCACGUCUCCGGGGCAGAAUGGUGUUGUUUUCAAUGUAGUCGGGCAAGUGGUCGGGAUAUUCUCCGAUGGCCAGUACGUGGCCUCUGAUAAGCUGUCCGAUGAAGAAAAGGCAGAUGCUCAUCAGUUGGUUACCUCUGCAUUCAGAUAUCACGAGAAAAUCGUCAUCAUAGACGAAUCGUCCCUUAAUAUGCCUAGCUCCUCGCCUGGCGUAUCCAAUGCCGAGCCUUCUUCAAGCUUGCUCUCAGAGGGUAGCUACCAGCAAGAUUCAACAACUUCUCAGAGCAUGAGCAGAUCAACCUACUCACAGCUAGUAGCUUCGUCCCCGGACUUUAUGCAAUCGUUUUACCCCUUUGGAGCUUCCAAUAGCUUCGACUAUUACCUGCCCGGUAUUGAUCCGAUGGAGAUCAGGUACGACCAAUCUUUAGGUUUCCCUAGUCAGGUCGCAGACACCUCAAUCUGCGACACUGAUGCCAUGGCCCGGUAUUUUGAGCCGGAUUGUUCUUUACGGAGUCCCAACGCGGCAGUAUCUGCCGAAAGAACUCAUAAAGGGUGGAAAUUUUUGGCCUGUGUGUUGAGAUGGAGAUUCUCGGUGAAGAGAAUCGUGUCUAGGAAGAGCCGGUGCUAGGUCGAUUUCUUGAUGCCGUGACACUAGGCGUAUUCAUUUAUCGAACGUUAUGUUUGCCCGAUAGUUAAAUUGAUCUGCCCGACUAGACGUUGCGUGCAGUUAUGUUUUCUUUUAUUAAAGGAGGAUCAAUAAUGGUUCCCUAUUUUCUCUCCUGCGACUCGAACCUCCCAACCUAUUGGUUAGAGGGGGAGCCUCUUAUCGAUUAAGCUGCACUUAUUUGUUGCUGCGUGCAGUUCUGUUAUGUAUAAAGUUGUUAGUGAAAUGGCCAUUCAUUUAUUUAGGGGGUUGAAGGUGAAAAGGUUUCUACUACAUAUUUUGUAUAAAAACGAUUGGUUAUGAGCCAGUUAUGAAUAUUCCAUUGCAAAAGUUAAUGUAUUAUUCUACUAUAUAGUUGCAUAA